UCCGUCAAUCAUUGAGGGCAUGCGUUUAUUUAACAGUGCCUAAACAAGUACAAUUCGCAGCCGUAACUCUGCGAAUCGGUAAUUUGGCUAUUUUCAAUAGGACCGAAUAUAUCAUCCUUGAAAUCAACGCCCGCGAGGCUGAAUAUAGAGGUUAAAACGAACCUGAAUAUCCUUAUGGAUUCCGACUCCGACGCUGUGGCUAAAAGAGCUUGCAAUGCUUGCAGAGCAAAGAAAACUCGAUGUGUAGCAAGCCGAGACGUGCCAGGCGUCUGCAAAAGAUGUCAGCAAAAGAAAGUUGAAUGUGUCACUCGCGCUUUAAAGCCUGCAGCACGCAGGGAUCGACUUUAUAAUCGAAUAGCUCAUCUCGAGAAAGAGAUGGAAAAUGUGAAGAGUCGCCUACCAGCGGAGCAGUUACAACAUCCUCCCCCAGCAGCCUCCCAACAGUCCGAAAUUUCCAUCACGCCACCCAUCUCCCGGAUACAUGCCCAAGAUUCCCAAAAUAGUAAUAAUCAUACAUCGAGCAUUCAGCUCCAGCCGGAUGUCCUUACUAAACAAGCACUUACUCUAGAGCAGGCCGACUUGUAUUUGAAUCGUUUUAGGAAGAUGUCCCAAUUUUGCCCUUAUGUUGUUCUGCCAGAGAAUGCCACAAUCGCUGAUCUUCGUCUCAGCAACCCCUUCCUUCUUUUGGCCAUUUUAGCCUCUGCUUCUACACCUGACAGGCCCCUUCAGGUAUGGCUUAGCCAUGAAUUUCUUCAACAAUUAAGCGAAACCUAUGUCGUUAAAGGAGAAAAAAGUCUCGACAUGCUGCAAGGUCUUUUAGUAUACGUGACUUGGUACCAUCUUCAUUUCAAAUCGAUAAAUCGACUUCUUGCCAUUGCUGUGUCCAUAGCCAUUGAGCUUGGAAUUAAUAGACGUCCCCUUGUAAAUGAAAAAGAACAAGUCGCCGUGAAAUUUUCAUCCACAUUGAGUCACGGACUGAGAAAUUCUGGUCCUGAUUUUUGGAGUCUUGAGGCAAGACGGGCUUUUAUUGGAUGCUACGUAUUAUCCUUAAUGUAUUCCAGUUUGCAAAGAAAAGUAAAUACUAUGAAAUAUACAAGCUAUCUCGAAGAUUGUGCAGUUUCUAUUGCAACCGAAUAUCAAGUCUUGUCAGAUCUGACUCUUCCUCAUUACCUUCGAAUCGCCCGGUACUUUGAGCUCGUCGGAGACGCGUUCGGCUAUAACCUCCCAAAUAACAACCAAGAUAAACUCUCCGAAGAGACGAUACAAUUCUAUAUUCGAUCUUUCGACAGCCAACUGCAGGAACUAGUCAAGUCAGCAACCCAACCAAUGAAUACAAUUUUGACUCUCUGGCACCGCGUGGCGGAUAUAUACACGCACGAGAUUGGACUAUAUGGCAUAGUCGAGUCCAAUAUUUCAAUAAAACAGACCGAAAUUCUAUUCAACUGCACCACUGCGGCACACAAGUUUCUGGAUUCAGUUCUCAUCGCAACCAAGAAAGACGUGGAUUACUGGCCCACGUUUCUGCUCUCCCAAAUCCAUUACACAGUAACCAUCGUCACCAAACUCACACUGGGGGUUAGAUCACCUACUUGGAAUGCGGCAGAAGUUCGAAAUAUUAUUAAAUUAGAGUUAUAUAUCAACGAAAUCUGUCACUCUUUAUUGCCAUCUUCGCAUGAGCCGUCACACCAGCUGCCGCAGCAAAUACGUGCGCAAAACGAUCCUCUCUAUGAGUGGCAGGAAUUCAUUACUUCCCAGUGGCACAUCGCUAAAGCUCGGUAUAGUGAGGGGCUCAAAGAUCUUGGUAUCUUGAUCGCUGAACCGUCAUCUACAGAGCCGUCCUCGCUGACACAGGCAUAUUCUACUGCCGAUGAGCAAUACUUGUCAAGGAUUCCUCAGAUGGGUAUAUCGGCUUCUACAGAUAUAGAUAUUGUGGAUUUUCUAGCAGCAGAUAAUUUAUGGUUCAUGCCCAAUAGUUCGAUUGAUGGGCUUCUAUGACUCCUAUGUAUUUACUGCUAUAUAGUUAGGAACAAAGAUAUGAAAUAUUAUCUGGAAGCUUUAUCUAGGUUAGUAACAAAAAAGGCCACAUAUAUAUAUACAACCGAUCAAUGAUCAAUAUGGACAGUCGAACUCCCAAUGAGAAAUCCAGGAGUAAUAGGCUGGAUGUCGAGGACAUAUUCGGUCAGAAGUUGACUUAUGCAGCCUUGACUAACAUAGGGCUCGUCAUACGACAUCUGGACCUGCUUGACGCUAGAAUUUCUGCCACUGUGACUAAUGCUUAGCAGGGUAAGCUGUC